GAGCUGUGGUUCCUAACCAUCUCUCUCCGAGCUGCUCCGGGAGAUGCAUUCUUUAUUCAGGGAAGGAAGGGUAGGCCCAGUAGGGUAGGAGGGACCUGAGUGACGAUGAGAGAGCGAGAUAAGAGACAGACGGAAAGAGAGAGAGAGCAGAGAGAGAGAGAGAGGUGAGCGGUGCACACACAUCACUAUCAACUGAAUUUAUUUUAGCAAAAUACCUCUGGUAUUCCAAGCAUGGAAGGCAAGUUUUUAGCGUCCCCAAAACAACCUGAACGCAAGCCGUCAUGAUUGGGGGAUCAGCCAGAUUCCUUGAAAAGUGCGUGUUCGCUGUUUCGGGGGACUGCAACAGAAGAAGUCGGUGCUGCCUCUGCUGCCUCAAGUCCUGCUCUCCCGCUCUAAUGCCUUGCCCAAGGUUUUGAGAAGCGCUGAGGUGAGUCGUAGGAGAAUAGGAAUAGGAGAAAAUUGCGGACAGAUCAGAAAACUGUUUCCCGAACUCAGGCAGCAUGCUGUCCGGUAUACCUACGGGUGGCAGGGCGCUCGGAACCGUUUCGCACAAACAAUACCGAAUGGCGCUGGGUCAAGGCAAAGCGAUAAAGAAAAAAGUUUAACAUGAUUAAGAGGCAUACAAUGGAUACGGACAAAGCCUCAUCUAAGGUCUCUGGAUCCAAAUGUCACCCCCCCUGGACGCUGCCCCAGGCGGGGACCAGCAGUGUGUGACGGUGACGGGUGGGUGGCGAGGAGAGGAGAGGAGGAGGCCACAAACACAUCGGCUUUCGGCUGCGAUUCUGCACUAAAUUGGCCCAGGCUGUGCCCUGUCCUGUGAGGACGAGCAGAGAGUGCUCUGGUCUGAUAUCUCAGCAUGAAUGGCGUCAGAGUCAACUUCACUUAGAGGACCUGCUCUUCCUAAUGAGACCGCUGUCUCUCUUAAAGUUGAGGACUAAUCAAUUACAGGGGGAUUAAGCCUAACCCUACGGCUUCUUGUUCUACCGCCCGUGAAAAAGAGGUGCUCAGCAUCAUCAAACUCUUUUAGAGGACUGUUUUUUUGUCGACUCUUUUGGUGGAUUUACUUCAAUACUUUCAAUACUUUUCCCUUUUUUUUUUUUUUUGGUGCGUUGCUUUUUAAUUUCUCCAAACCAAGGACAUUCCCCUCCUUCUGAUUUUACACUAUGGAGUUUCAGGCUGGGCUGUGGAAUAAAGAUUGGGGUUCAUUUCUGCGUUUCUGGUUGACAGUCAUCCUGAGCCUCAAUGUGCACUUCAGCUGCCCUGCCACCUCGUGCCCAGAAGAGUGUCGCUGCGACAAAACCUUUGUUUACUGCAACGAGCGGAGCCUGACGUCUGUGCCUCUGGGGGUGACAGAGGGCUACAAGAUCCUCUACCUCCACAACAACCAGAUCAACAAUGCAGGGUUCCCAUGGGAACUACACAACGUGGCGUCCGUGGAGACAGUGUAUCUCUACGGCAACCAGUUGGACGAGUUCCCCAUCAACCUGCCUAAGAACAUACGGGUGCUCCACCUGCAAGAGAACAACAUCCAGACCAUCUCCAGGGCUGCCUUGGCCCAACUGCCCCGCCUAGAGGAGCUCCACCUGGACGAUAACUCCAUCUCUACGGUUGGGGUGGAGGAGGGGGCAUUCCGGGAUGCUGUCAGCCUCAAGCUGCUCUUCCUCACCAAGAACCACCUGAGCAGUGUCCCGAUUGGUCUCCCAGAGGACCUCACAGAGCUGCGAUUAGACGAGAACCGUAUCGCCGUCAUCGCUGAGGAGGCGUUCCAGAAUGUGACGCGGCUACAGCGCCUCCUGUUGGAUGGCAACUUGUUGACGGACGAGGGCGUGGCCCCGGGGACAUUCCAGGAGCUGUCCAACCUCCGGGAGCUGGCACUGGCCCGUAACUCUCUGACGUUCCCCCCGCCCCUCCUCCCGACGCAGUCACUGGUCAAGCUCAGCCUGCAGGAUAAUCAGAUGGACCAGAUCCCAGUGACCGCCUUCUCCGGCCUGCAGAGGCUCGAGAGACUGGAUAUCUCCAACAACCAGCUGCAGACGCUGACACAGGGGGUCUUUGACGGGCUCGUCAGCCUCAGACAGCUCACUGUUCGGAACAACCCGUGGCGCUGCGAUUGCACCGUCAAAUGGGUGGUGGUGUGGCUCAAGUCGCUGCCAGGCUCCAUCAAUGUGCGCGGUUCAAUGUGCCAGAGCCCAGCGAGGGUGCGCGGCAUGGCAAUCAGAGAACUCACCCUGGAAUCUAUCCAGUGCCCAGCUGGGACGGACCUCCAGCCCGACCUCUGGCCUACCCUGCGCUCCAUCUCCCCGCACCCCCAACUCCCCACCACCACCACCACACUCAUUACCUCCUCCAUGACCAGCUCUAUUCCCACCUCCACAACCUCCUCCUAUCCCACAUCACCCUCCCCUCCCCCUGCCCUGCCUCCCCACCCCGCUGGCCCCCUGCCCCCCUAUGAGGACCCCCUACAGAUAUCCUUCCACGUGGUCAAUGCCUCCUGCAUUGAGGUAAGCUGGGCUUCCUACUUCACCGUCACAGCCUACAAGGUGACCUGGGUCAAGAUGGGCCAGAGCCUGAUGAGCGACGCCAGCCGCGAAAGGACGGUGAGUGGGGAAAGGCGGAAGCUUAGCUUGACCAACCUGGAACCCAGGUCGGUGUACCGGGUCUGUGUUUAUGUGCUGGACACCCUCAACUCCUACCGCCCAGGGGAGGAUACAAUAUGCUCAGACGCCAGAACCAAGUCGACCUCAUCCAGCUCCAACAACAACAAGGCCACAGGGUCGGAGGAAGCUCAACAGGACACCAACUCCACUCUCCUUUUGGCCGGAGUGAUUGGCGGGGCAGUCCUUGUCGUCCUGGUAAUGCUGCUGAGCCUGUUUUGUUGGCACAUGCACAAGAAGAGCCGCUCUGAAUCGUCCAAGUGGAAAUACAACCGUGGCAGGAGAAAAGACGACUACUGCGAGGCGGGGACCAAAAAGGAUAACUCUAUACUGGAAAUGACUGAGACCAGCUUUCAGAUAGUUUCCCUGAACAAUGAGCAACUUCUGAAAGGGGAUUACAGGAUUCAGCCCAUCUACACACCCAAUGGAGGCAUUGGCUUCAGAGACUGUCACCUCAGUAACAAUAGCUUAGCCUACUGCAAGAGCAGCAACGUUCCCAGCACCGAGUUCUGCCACACGUGACGCUUCUAACAGGAUGUUCACACUCCAGUUGUUUGUGAAAAAAUAUAUACUGUACCAUAGAUAUUUCCAAGUUCUGUCUGCCAUGUAAUUUAUACUGUGGACAGUAGUGUGGAAUUCUAUCUGCUAUCUUUUUUACUCUUAGAAGGAAUACAAAUGGUUUUCUAAUCAGUGGGUUUAAAUUACAGUAAGUGUUUUUUGCUUAACUUCGGGAUCGGUGUCCCUUCUACGGGACAGUUGAGCUAACGUAGGCUAAUGCGAUUAGCAUGAGGUUGUAAGUAACAAGACAUUUUCCCAGGACAUAGACAUAUCUGAUAUUGGCAGAAAGCUUAAAUUCUUGUUAAUCUAACUGUACUGUCCAAUUUGCAGUAGCCAUUACAGUGAAAUAAUACCAUUCUGUUGUUUGAGGAGAGUGCACAAUUUUGAACAUGAAAAGUUAUUAAUAAAUAAAUUAGGCACAUUUGGGCAGUCUUGAUACAACAUUUGAACAGAAAUGCAAUGGUUCAUUGGAUCAGUCUGAAACGUUACACACAUACUGCUUCAAUCUAAUGGCCAAAAUCUAAAUUGCACCUGGGCUGGAAUAAUACAUUAUGGCCUUUCUCUUGCAUUUCAAAGAGGAUGGUACAAAAAAAUACAAAAGAACGGUUGGUUUUUUCUUUGUAUUAUCUUUUACCACAUCUAUUGUGUUAUAUUCUACUACAUUCCUUUCACAUUUCCACAAACGUCAAAGUGUUUCCUUUCAAAUGGUACCAAGAAUAUGCAUAUCUUUGCAUCAGGGCCUGAACUACAGGCAGUUAGAUUUGGGUAUGUCAUUUUCUGUGUUUUUUUUGUUUUUUUUGUCAGAUCCUUAAUUUUAAGUACUGUAUAUAGGAAUUUGUACCAUUACGACACACUGGGUUGGUUCUGACAAACGCUGUCCUGUCUUUCAGGUUUUGGGUUGUUGGGUGCUAUGAGGGAUGGGAUUCUUUGCUAACCACAGGAGCUAAAUGAUGGUCUUUAUGCAGAGCCACCCCCUCAGAAACAUUAGUUACGAUAACACGGUGGUCAGGGACAUAGUAACACUGCUGAUUAGACUGCAGUGGAGAAAAGGCACUGCUGGUGUUUUUUUUAAGAAUCAAAGUGCACUUUCUAAUGUAACAGAGAGAGUAAGCAGCCAUCCAGGAAAUUAGCUUUUUGUGGAAAUCCCAUCAGAGAGGAAAGCGCACACUUUUCAACACCCCCUAUUGCCCUCUCAAGACAAAGUGAACAUGUAUGAAUGUGGUAGGCAGGGAGGAUGCCUUCACAGGACUAAGUGAACAUGUAUGAAUGUGGUAGGCGGGGAGCAGUGGAGGCUGCUGAGGGGAGAACGGCUCAUAAUAAUGGCCAGAUGGAGCAAAUGAAAUAGUGUCAAACACCUGGAAACCAUGUGUUUGAUGUAUUUAAUACCAUACCACCUAUUCUGCUCCAGUCAUUACCACGAGCCCACCCUCCCAAAUGAAGGUGCCACCAAUCUCCUAUGGCAGGGAGACUGCUUUGACAACUGGAUAUAGAUUGUCCUUCAGUGACACAUGAGGUAGUACCAGCCGUGGCCACUAGGGGGCAUGUUCUCUCAGUCAGUAUAGAGGGGUAAGCGAGAGAGUUAGCAGUAAAGAUCCUUUAGCUCCAGCAAUCCCUCCAGCAACCAUAGCUCAUGGUUGUCACUAGUUACCACAGCCACAAAGUCAAAAUGGCUAUAUUGUAAAGAUGAAUGAAGACAAAAAUGUGGUUAGGCAUAAGAAUAGCAGUGUGGUUAAGGUUAGGGUUAAGGUUCAGACGAGGUUUCAAAUGAGAUUUUAGGAAGAUAAAUUGUAGAAAUAGGUGGGUUUUAGACAUAAUUAUGACUUUGUGGCUGUGUUAACUAGUGACGACCGUUACUCAAUCUCAAAUGGCAUUGCUCUGAGUAUUAAUGCUCGCGGAGCUACUUAAUGAUGUGGAAUAAUUUAAAACUAACUGUGCUCAGCUUUGUUGUUCAGCGGCUAAAUGAUAUGGAUUUUUACCACAGUGUGUUAUUAUCAUGGGGGAGGCCGAUGAGGUUGUGUUGGGUAUCGUGUCUUUGCAAGGAGGUGUCUGCAAUGAUGAUGAAUGUGUAGGAGAUACACUCACAGUUAUUAUACAGUCCGCUACCAUUAUAUUGUCCUUUAUUGUUUUGUAUUUAAAUGACAAAUGUGUGUAUCACAACGAAUUAUCAAUGUGUUUAUCUUUUAUCUGCUUUACACUGAGUUGAUAGAAGGGGUUUCCUGCUGUAGCAUGUGAAUAAUUUCCAUUGGGAUUGGCUAUUCUAUUCAUUCAUUGAUUGAUUGGUUCAAACGACAAAUUCACCAUCAAUUCAAAACAAUGUUAGCUAAAUCUGGAGCUGCCCCCAUACAUGAAGCAUGAACAUGUCCUUAUCUGAUCUCCCUCAUCUUAAACCUUCUCAGACUGCAUCGGCUCAAUUAAAACUAUAGUGUUUCUGAUGCUUAGAGAGAGAGAGAGAGAAGAGAGAGAGAGAGAGAGAGAGAGAGAGAGAGAGAGAGGGAGGUGCUAUCUGGCCAUAAACAGAGUGUGUCUACAGUAUGUGUGUAUUUUUUCAGCCUGUGAGUUGUGACAGAGCUCUUUUUUUCAGGCAAGCUGGCUCCAAGUUAGGAAUGCCUGGUGCCACUGAGAAGUCAUCAUUAUACACUUCUUACUCCGACUUUAUUUGCUUUGACAUGAUUUUAUUUUGCGGGCAGAGUUCAAAGGAUCCACCCGCCCUACUCCUCAUAAUCCUCAUCCAAAAAAGGGAGAAAAAUAUGCAGACUUUAUUUUCCAGACUUUAUUUUCCAGACUUGGCCGUGUGAAUCACAAGUUGAGAGAGGGAGGAGGGCCAAAUGACACGAGAUAACACUUCACUUCACGGGGCACCAAGCCACUGGCUGAAAUACACCAUUAAUAAACCACGGCAUUCCAAUGGUUUGGCUGGACUUUAGACCAGUGGUUCACAACGAGGGGUAUGAGGACCUUGGCCUAUCCACAGGGGGUACUUGAAAAGACUCAUGACCAUAGGCCUACAGGUAAAAUGCAAAUGAGGGGGUGCUUCAGGGGUAGCCAAGGUUGGGAAUCACUGUCCUUGACUAAAAAUAAUUUUGGAUGGAUAUUGUAACAUUAUCAACAGUAAAAACCAUUUUAAAGGUCAAACUCUUGUAUUGUGCUGGGCUGUUCAUGGCUAGAAUCUCUGUUGUAUUGUCUGUAUUUGAAGAACUGCCAUGCCAGUGCAUGUAUUAGUGUUAAUUCCAUCAGUAUUCCCCGAAGUGGGGAGUUUAUGAUGCUAUAAACACUAUGACGCCAUCAUUCAUCUUGACGUUUAAUCUUUCAUACGUGCUUUUUGAGUCUAAUUUCCAUUUAUAAUGCAGAAACUCUUUUUGUUAAGAAAUGACAGUUGCUCUUCUGUGGUUAUCAAAGUGUCUCCACAUUUUUCUAACAACGUACACAUAUCAGCGUCUCAACCUGUAUUAAAAGCUACGUCCAACUAGCCCCACUAGCGUAAGCUGACCUAAGGUCAGUUUGACACACAUUAAGUUUGACACUGCUGCAUGGCAAGUUACCUACAACAUCCAACUGACAUUUACUGACCUAAGGUCAGUUUGACACUGCUACAUCGCAAGUUACAUACAACAUCCAACUGACAUUUACUGACCUAAGGUCAGUUUCACACUGCUACAUGGCCCUAGUGCUUAUGACAGGUUAUGUAUCCACUGAACACUUUAACCUACCUGCCUGUAGAACAGUUAUCCUAUCUGACAAUAAUUCCAUACAGCAAAGCGUCUUUGUUUUCUUUACCAGGGAUUAGGUUUUAAAUGUAUUGUUAGUCAGUCAGGCCAACCUGUUGCAACAAGUCCCCAAAGGUACGAAUGUUCCAAGGAGUGAUAAUAGUCCAUUUAUUGCCUUACCUUUAUGCAGUACUGUAUGGGCUAACUGUACUUGGUUAGUUCAAUUACUUGUUCAGAGCAGAAGCAAGGUUUAAACUAAUGAUUGAAUAGUUACUGUAUGGAAAGCACACAUUUUCAUAUUUCUGCAACAACAAAGAGAGAUUGACCGACAACAAUAGAUCUGACACAUAACUAAUGAAAGACUGUUCAUUCGUUACGACGCCUUGAGUGGUGCUGGGUAAUGAAUGAUACAAAGUGACUGAGAAGCCUUGUUGGUUAUUUGCAGCAGUACAUUAUUCUUAAUUUCCUCCCUCAUGUAAAGAAAGUACACAGAUGCAAUGGUGUGACCAAUGGAAUUAGACCGAACACAUUAUAGAGAGAGAGAAGUGAAAAAUAGAGAGACAUACUGAAACCUCUGGUUUAUUACUGUUUCAGGCUUUGAUAGUAAUGUCCUUAAAGCUCAUUGAUUCUCAUUGGAAUAACUAUGUUAAACCAUUGAGAGAUCAAUUCAAACAAAGUACCCAAGUGGAUAAAAUGUAAUACAUUUUAAGUUAUCUUUGUUUCGUCUCUCGUUAAUUUUCAGUUUGAGGGCAAAUCCCCCUCAUGUGAAUUACUGUCUGCAAAUUUCCAUUAUAGACUCAAAUUAAUUCAAGGAUUUGUGCAUCUAUUCACAGAAGUCUUCAGCAAACUAUUCAUGGGUUUUUGAAGUAAUUGAAUUUUCUGUGUUUUGGAUAAUCAACACUUCCCCAUACAGCUGCUGGGUUGAAUUAAUUGAAAUAAUAUGAACAACGACAGGCUAUUUGUUCAUGUAUCAUUUGACAGAAGAAAGUAUGCUGAAAAUCAACCAUGCAUGUAAUUUGGCUUCUUUAGGGUGUUCUUGACUAUUAUGGCUUUUCAUUUAGACAUUGCGUUGUUUUGACUUUAACAACAUAAACCAAUAUGCUAUUUAGGAACCAAAGUACAAUUUUUGUUCUCAUGAUGAAAUCUUGUUGUUGUCCCAUGUAUGUGCCUUGAGGUUAACUUACAAUGUAAAGUUCUUGAAACCUUUAAAUGUUUUUGCACAAAAUGUAAAUAUAGAAGUGAAGAUUUUUGCAAAUAAAAGUUCCUUGGGAUUUGA